UUGAAUUGAAAAGUGAAGAUGAUCUUUUUAUUUGUGUUGUUAUUCACAUCGAUUAAUAUCAAUGUAUCGGGUGCAGAAAAACCUAAAAUAGGUUGUAACGAUUUUUAUGAAUACUAUGGGACACAACACGAUUUAAUUGUGGAGGAAUGCAAGCUCGCCAAAUUACGUUUCUUUUCAAAAUACAUGGAAAAAUACAACCAAUGGCCGCUAGCAAUAGAAAUACGCAAUGAGCCGUCAAUAUAUUUAAAUCUUCACAAGGUUGACAAUAUCGCUACCAAAAAUACUCCUAUAUAUUUUGGUAAUAACAAUGGUACAGUUGAUUGCACUACAACUUAUGAGAAGUUCAGAAUUGACACGAUCUUCGAUAACUUAAGAGAAGUUGUAAUGUUCCAAGAUUAUGACAAUAAAGCAGCGAUUACAAUAUUUUGGCACGGUGAAAAUAAUGUAAUAUUGGAGGGUUUUAUCGGCAAUUACAUUUUACGCCAAACAGAAGACAAAAAUUACUUCCUGUUAAAAGUGACAUAUCCUAUAGAUGAAUUCGAGAACGACGAGUAUAAGAAGUACAAAAAAAAUGACAGAUUUGCAAAGCAUAAUUUGAGUUCACCCGAAGAAGAAAUAAUAGUUAAAGUUUUAGUCGCUCUAGAUUGGACUUCAGCUCAACAAGAAGUAGCUCAAGUAGUUAGCAGCUUAUUAGUUUAUUACAAUGCGGUCAAUAUGCUGUUUCAGCCAUUUACAUCUCCAAAAAUCAAAGUCGCUGUAUCGGGUAUAAUUUAUCCAAAUACCGAAUUCUCAACACCUUAUUUCUCAAACUCAAAAACGCAGUUUCCAGGCUAUGAUGAGACCUAUAUUAAAUUGAAUUCAGCAAAUGAAAAUUUCAGAAAGCACUUUUUAAAUGAAGAAGCUAAAGUAUUUCCGAACAGUUUGUUCGAUGUUAUCAUUGGAAUGACAGGUCAACCAAUCUGUGAUGCAGAUUACAAUUGUCAAUAUUACGGUGUCUCGGAUCAAAGCGUGAUUUACAACAGAGGGAAAAAUGCCGAAAAAAAUGACCCCAUACCUAUCGUCGGUGUAGUUCGACAUCCCAGUUUUCAGGGCAAUUAUGCGGUAGUCGCUCGGGAAAUCGCUCACAUAUUAGGAAGCUCUUACAAUACUCGUUGGUACGCUUUCAAUAACUGCAACGGGAUCAUGAACAAAUUUGUGCGACCUGAUAACUGGCCGUUGGAUUGGUCGGCAUGUAACAUUGAUGACAUGUCUCUGUACUUCAGCCUCAAUCAAUCAUCAGGAUUUUCAACAAGAAAAAAUUUUAGAGCACUCAAUUCGAAGCUUUGGUAAUUAAACAAAUCUUCAUCGUCAAAUCUCAUUAAUAGAUGCCACAAAUCUCACUAAAA